AUUUAUGCAAUUUAUUCGUAGAUUCAUGUGUGGUAGAUUCAUGUGUUUUUUUUUUCAUUUUUCGGGAUGAUGUACAGCUGUUCAAAUUGAAAAAUAAAAUUCAUGUGAUGAGUACAAAAAAUAAAAAUAUUUACAUUGAAUAUUCCUUGAAUGUCAUAUGGUGUAGAAUCAAGUGUUUGCAUCAACACUGAGUACGUCAUCGAAUAUAUUGCAAAAGACAGGUCAUAAAAAAUAAUUAAAUUAGUAUUUCUUGUCUGGGUGUGUCAUUUCGAAAUGAUUACUGGAAGUGAACGUUUGUGCUUAUUUUUACUUACAUUUCCGCAGUGGAGUGCUCAAAUAUGCGAAUUGCUAACGGAUAAAGAAGUUGAGUCAAUCUUCCAGACAAAAUGCGACACUGCGCCGGAAUAUCAAGUUGUGCCUGUACUGCACUCUCUCGCUACGCAAAAUAUUUUGAAUCCAAAAGUUCAUUUCAAAUUCUUCGGAAGUGAUGUCACUUUGUACUUGUGGCGAGCUGAGGGAAAAUUUUUCGGAAAGCAUACGCCAAUCUUCACAGUUGAAACAGACAAAUCCUCUCCUAGAGGUCUGCGUUACACAAAAUAUGAUGCAGAUGGGAUUUAUCACGCCUACCAAGACGAAUCGAACAAUGCAGCGAUAAUAGCCCGCAAAGGCACUAAUAAUUCAUACAAAUUCGAUGGCACUUUCGGUCAGAAUUUCGCAAUUCGCUCUCUUCCGGAGAGAGUGAUAAACGAAAUUAUUAACAACAAUAAAUCGCAGCAUCAGAAAUACAACGAAAACUAUCCGCAAAUAGACCAUCAUGUAAUUAUAAAGAUGAAGGAUGUGAAGAAGGUUUUGAUAAACUUGGAUAAACACUCAUCGAAUAACUCAUUUCCAACUGGCGACGAACAAAAAUCAUUACGUAAAUACGACAAAUUAAAAAUGCAUUCGAACGUUGUGUAUCCUGAAAUUCUAACUGUCAUCGAUUAUGAUACUUUCAAGUGUGUAAAGUAUACUAUGAAACGAUUUUUUCAAAUAUUCACCCGCUGGAGAGAUGUUAAAAUGUUUGUUAUAUUAUUCAGAUCCUUCCAAUCCGAUGUUCUUGAGUUACUCGUCUAUUUAACAGCCUUUUGGAAUGGUGUAGACUUACGAUACAAAUCGUUGAGAGAUCCGAAAGUUCAUCUUAAUAUCGCAACGAUAAUAAUUGGAUUGGAUAGGAAUGCUACACCGUAUUUGAAUAAUUAUCGUGUCAAUGAAUCUAAGAUAAACAUUGAUUCUCUACAAGCUAUGGGUCACUAUUUCUACGCUGAAGAGAGGAUUGACAAGAAUUCGUACGAUAUCGUUAUCGCUGUUACGCGAUCGACGGUAUGUGAACAUUUGAAAGACAAUAAAAAUUCGAGCUGUGUGUCUUUAAGAGGCAUUAGUCAAGUGGGUUCAGCAUGCGUGCGGAAUGAAGUAAAAAAAGCCGUGGAGUCUGUAGGUCUUAUCCAUGAUCAAGGAUUUAAUGGAAUUGCAACUGCUGCUCAUGAAUUAGCUCAUAUACUGGGGGUGCCACACGAUGGGUCUCCAUCACCACCAUAUAUUGGUGGUCCAGGAGCCACCAGGUGUAACUGGCAAGAUGGAUAUCUGAUGAGCAGUCAGAGAUUCGGUAGCAAUGCCUUUAAAUGGUCCGAUUGUAGUUUAGAAUGCUUCAAAUUUUUUCUAAAACAGCCAGGAGCCAAAUGUCUCUACAAUAAACCAAAAUUCGACGCAGACUUUCCAAGAAUAUUGCCAGGAUCGUUAUUAUCGUUAGAUCAGCAGUGCUAUGAAGCUGGGGCACUUGAGGCUUGUCACCACGAUGAAAGGGCUUGUCAACUUUUGUAUUGCACAAUGCCUGAAAGGAGAGAUCAGUGUUUUGCUACUGCUCCUGCUGCUGAAGGAUCAAAAUGUGGAGAUGAUAAGGUUUGGACCAGCGAUAUAACCUUUUUACUGGCCUAAAAAGGAAUGGCGCUUUCAUCGGUUUUCAAAAAUUUGGUUUAGUAAAUGUCAGUAACGAGCAAAGAGGAUUGACUAAAGUAGAGGCUCAG